AUGGGUCGUAUCACCAAUCCCUACGUGCUCACAGCACUCGCCUGCACGGGUGGUAUGCUGUUUGGAUUCGACAUCAGCUCUCUCUCUGCCAUCAUUGCGUCUCCCAACUAUCUCGUCUACUUUGGCGAUGACAAAAACACGGUCGAGUGCGCCGAUCGACCUGGCGCACUGUGCAACCCCGGUCCCAGCGCCGACGUCCAGGGUGGCAUCACCGCUUCCAUGGCCGGUGGCUCGUUCAUCGCUUCACUCUUCUCCGGUAUCGUUGCCGACCGUUUCGGCCGACGUUAUGCCAUCUUUCUCGGCUGCAUUCUCUGGGUCAUCGGCUCUAUCCUCACCUGCGCGGUCCAGAAUAUCGGUAUGCUGAUUGUCGGCCGCAUCUUCAACGGUAUGUGUGUCGGUCUCUGCUCUGCUCAGGUGCCUGUCUAUCUUUCAGAGCUGUCGCCUUCGCGCAUCCGUGGCCGUCUUGUUGGUUGCCAGCAAUGGGCGAUCACAUGGGGAAUUGCCAUUUUCUUCUUCAUUUCGUUUGGUUGCAGCCACAUUGGAAACAGAAUCGAUGGCGAGCAAGACGGCCGAGGAACAGCUUCCUUCCGAACUCCCUGGGGUAUCCAAAUGGUCCCAGCUCUCGUUCUUAUGGCCCUUGUCCCUUUGAUGCCAGAAUCGCCUCGCUGGCUUAUCGCCAACGCCCGCAAGCAAGAGGCUCUCGAGAUCCUCGCUCAAGUUCACGCCAACGGUGACCAAGAUUCGCCUCUGGUGCUGGCCGAGUACCAUGAGAUCGUACAGAACAUCGAAGAGAGCUCUGGCGAAGGCACUGGCUAUCUCGACCUCUUCAAGCACGGAAACGCAUGGCGUACGCACAUCGCUAUGUUUACCCAGAUCUGGAGUCAACUUACAGGUAUGAAUGUCAUGAUGUACUACCUCUCGUAUGUCUUUGAGAUGGCUGGUAUCACCGGCAACAUUGCCCUCAUCUCAAACGGGAUUCAAUACAUCAUCAACGUCCUCAUGACCGUGCCUGCGCUCCUCUAUGUCGACCGAUGGGGCCGUCGCCCCACUCUCCUGGUCGGUUCUACCCUUAUGACCAUUUGGCUCUUUGCGGUCGCCGGUCUCAUGGCAGGCUACGGUCACUACUAUCCCGACUCUAACAACUCGGUCGUCCGAUGGAAAGUCGAGGGUCCCGCUUCCAAAGCCGUCAUUGCCUGCUCCUACCUGUUCGUCGCCUCGUUUGCACCCACAUGGGGCCCUGUCUCUUGGAUCUACGUUCCCGAACUCUUCGGUAACCGAUUGCGAGGCAAGAGCAACUCGGUCUCCACCGCCAGUAACUGGGCGUUCAACUUUGCUCUCGGCUACUUUGUCCCUCCCGCUUUCCACAACAUUCAGUGGAAGAGCUACAUCAUUUUUGGCUGCUUCACGGUGGCCAUGACCAUCCACGUCUUCCUGGCGUUCCCCGAGACUGCCGGCAAGACGCUCGAGGAGGUGGACGAGAUCUUCCAGUCCGGUGUGCCCGCAUGGAAGACGCGCCCUGGCUCGUCGCGCUCCGACCAGGAUAUUGAGGCUCUCAAAAACGAGGCCGUCUACACCAAAAACCCCACCUCUCCGGGCAGCGACUCGGCUGACGAGAAGGAGCUCAAGGGCGACGUCUAA